GUAUACAUCGUAAGUGCCAGGAGAAAUGUGCUGGCAAAUAUUAUAAAAUAUCAUGCAUAAUGAGCAGCAAAGUAAAUGCUGCCAAUAAAGUUGUUGCUACAAGGAGUAACAAAAAUAUAUUAGAAAAUAAGCAACAUUUGCCUACUUCUGCACUACCUUCAGAAGGACUUGUUUUAUAUGAUAAUGAUAAUACCUUAAUAGAAGUUACUGUGAAAACUAAAGGCCGUAAACGUACAUCAACCAUGGUUAGCAGCAGUCCAACUAGUCACAAAGGUGUAGAAGAGAAAAGAAGACCUAGUAGUAGUGGUGAUGCUCAUCAAAACUGGGGCAGAGUUUUAAGAGAACAAAAUAGAACAGCAAUGAAGCAAGGUUUGCAGCAAUUGGUAACAAGAACAUCAGGUUCAAAGUCAUCAAAAUUUGGUAGUGAAACUAAAGAAACAAAGAAACAUUCUUUAACUCAUCAGAAACAAGAUCAUAAACAUUUAGAUGAAAUUCCUAUCAAACAACCAGCUUCUCACAAAAGAGUGGAAGAACAUUCAAAAUCCACACCACGCACUACAAAUCCAUCAAGUACAUCAAUACCAAGUUCCAUGGAAUCUGUUAUAGUUUAUGAUAAAGCUGUACAAUGUGGUGGAAUAUCUGAUGAAUCUGAUGAUAGAUUUGGUGUAUUCAAUCCAGUUCGGACAUUAAGUUUUUUAAUAAAGGAAUUAGAACACUUAGUUAAGGAUGAUAAAGCUAAUAAAAUUCUUAAUAAUAUGGAACAAGUACUAUUUAGAAUACCAGUGGAACCUGGCAAACCACCUAUUGUGGUUAAACUAGAAGCAACUACGUUUCAACUAGAGGAAACAAGUAGAAAAAUGAACUCGAUGUGUGAAGCGCUACGCGAUGAGAGAGAUUCUUUACAGAGACAAGUCCAUAAGCAAGUCCUGUUAUUAAACGAAGCUCGGGAGCGACAGUUAGACUUAGAAACGACGAUUAAAACAUUAAAACUGGAACUAGAAGAAGCAAUAAAGACUGCUCAAACUAGAGAGAAGACAAUAAGCGAAUUAACGGAAGAGAUUAAGGGUUACGAAUUUUCCCAAAAAGUUAUAGCAGACUUACGGGCAAAUCUUACCGAACAAACCGAACUUGCAAGACAGAGACACUUAGAAGUGCAAUAUUUAACGCUCGAAAAAGAUAAACUUUCUGUUUUAUCGUCAUACAAGGAUUCGUUACUAAUUGAACUUCGUACUGCGAUUAAGGAGUUGCAGAGUCAUAUUGCAGAUCAAUUGAACGGGUUAAAAAAUAUUUAUGUACGCGAAGAAGAAAGUUCGAAUCCACAGAUUUCACUGGUUCACGGAGGUCAUGCAUGUUCAUCACCUACCUCUAUCUCUUCACACGAUUCCAAUAUACCUACCUCGUGGCACGAGAUAUCAGAUGUAUCUCUAUCUACAAUAGAUGACAAUCCAUCCAAAAAUAGAAGUAUGCAGGGUCUUCUGCAUAAGCCAAAUAAAAUAUCAACCUUUUCAGAAACUCAAGGCGCUAAUUUUGACAAGAAACGAACGAAAAAUAUGAAAGAAUCUCAAACUAAAGAUUCGAAUUUAGAAUUUAUCAGUUUGCCUGGUGGAGAAUUUUCACUUACACUUUUACCAUCUUACAAAGACUUUGGUUACACAGAGAUGAGUCAAUCUGUGAACAAAGGAAAGGAUGACGUAACAGUAUUUACUCAAAAGAAUGAUAAUUUGCGUAAUUUUAAAAGUACUAAUAAAUUAUCAUCAUCAGAACAUUUAAACUCAUCUCCUGAAAAGACUCACGAGAAAGAAAUUCAUAUGAAGGAAACGGCGAAAAUGAAAAAGUCUUCUUCGGAAUUAAAUAAAAAACAGAGCUUUGGGAACAAAUCCACUGUAACCGAGAUCAGCAGUAACAUUUUGAAAGAUAAUUCGCCUCAUAAUUUAAUAGGUCCUACAAUAACCGAACAAUUUCAGAAUAUAUUCCAUGAUACCAGGAUUCAAAGUAGAAUGCCAGUCAAUGUACCAAGUCCACCAAGGAGUUAUCCUCAUCCUGAUUGGAGCGAUAGUACCUUACCCAGUAUCAGUACUGCUUCAGGAGUAAAUGUGAUACAAUCCAACGACACUUAA